AUGGCCGUACUAGCGAAAGGGCCCAGCGCCUCGUCAUCGCGCACCCGCUCGGCCUCUCCUUCAUCCAUUGAGACAUCCUCGCCAGCCCGAUCCGUUUCUCCCAUACAGAAUUCGGACUCCCCGCCGUCGAUGUAUACCUCCAGCGGAAAGACCAAGGGACACAAGUCUGUCCCCCGCCGGGAACAGAUUCUUGCUAGCGGAAACCCACAGCGGACGUCUCUGGGUAUGGCGGAGCAGCGACUGCUCAAGCCCGUAGCAUCGCGGACGACUGCCAUGCACCAGCUGUCCGUCUCGGCGCCGAAGCUACUCACAGAUGCAACUCGGCUAGACAAGCAGUCCCGAAGCCAUCAGUCCCACACUAAAUCUGUCCCUAUCUACAGAAAAUCUGCGACUACGAAGCCCACUGUGGCCCCUCGCACGACGCACUCAGACAUGGCAUCGACAGGAAGCAAACGAUCCGGUUCUCCUUCGCCCUUAGGCAUCGCCUCGGCGCCCAAGGCCAGAAAGGUCUCUCAUGCGUCCGACGCCGCCUCCUCCUCUCGCACUCCCGUACCCGACGCUCUCCCUGGUUCCGACUCCGACUCCGUCGCGACAGCCGAGCUACUCGCCGCAUUCGCACCGAGGCGUCCCACGCAAUGCAAAACGUGCCAACGGGCCCUCGAGCCGCAGGACGGCUGGUACAAGAACUGCCUACAAUGUAGGGAGAAGUCGCGCGAGUACCAGCGCAGGUACCUACAGGGGCGCAAGGAGCGCAAGGAGUCACGCUUGUCCCUCCUUGACACUGCCCCGGGCACAUCGACGUCAGCGGGCGCAAGCGCCUCACGCCAGAAAGCACGCGCGUCAUCGCCGGAGCACGACGCGAUGGAAGUGGACUUACCCAUGCCCGUGCCCAUACCUCAGCCUAAGCCCAAGCCCAGGCCUCGCAGACUCCCGCCGGCCGCGCUCACCCGCCGCGUAUGGGACGAGGUGCCCGAGUUCCAGACGGAGGACGACUUCUUCGAGGCGAUAGAGAGGAGCGUGAGCGCGUGGCGCGAGUCCAUGGAUGGCUCCGGGGUGCGCUUCGAGUUCGGGGGCGGGUACGCGGUCGUGGCGGGCGGGAAGGAGGCGGAGGCGGCUGCUACCCGGAAGGUUUAUGGGAAGCUCGUCUUGAGAGGUGUCCCGAUGUCGAGGCACUCGUGCUUCACACGUCCGACAUCCGGCGGGCCCGCGCCGGCGGACGGCUCGUACCACGUCUACAACAGCUUGUCGACGGUGUACCACUGUACGUGCCGGGACUCGCAGGACACGGAGGGCCCGAGCUAUCACAAGUCCAGCGCGAAGGAAAACGUGUGCCGCGGGAGGGUGAAGAUCAUCGUGGAGACGACGAACGAGAUGAACGACUUUGGUGCGUUUGGGAUUAAUGUCGUAGUGGAGACGUGGCACGCGUUGUAA